CAUCGCCCAUUUCGGAAAGUCGAUUGAUUACGCCUCUCUUCCACUCAUGUACAGACUCUGUUGGGUGUAGACGAGUCUCUAGCCUAGCCUGUCUUGCAACUGACACUGAAUCUGUGCUGUUUCCUCUCGACCUCACUCGAAACUCUCGAAACUGUGCAACAAACUGGGUUCCAAGACUCAAGUAACACCAUGCAACCGAGUCCAAGACCAUUCAAAAGGAUACGCGUCACACCGCCCGGCGAUACCACGUACACAGUGCAUGCCGCCGUGCCCAGACUAAGUGGCUCUCAGCUCCUCCUCGCGCUUCCCUCUGUGCUCGUCCACCCACCCACCCACACAGCCCAUAAGCGCACACUGUAUCUCUCCCUGCUUUCUCUCCGACGAUGUCUGUGCCUACCGAAUCCGGGUGGAAUAAGGAGGGGUGAUGGAUCUGCGGCGUGGGAUCUCUCGCAGACGGACGAAUGCCGUGCAUGGUGCGCGUUAGCGGAGAUUGGGUUGAUUGUUCUAGAAGGGGGAUUUGGAGAUGAGCCGUGGGCUUCUGGGAUUGAGUCGGAGAUUGACAAGGCGCUCGGUAAAGCUUCCCUCAUUGCCUCGAAACACCCAACACUCUCUGCGUUCCCGCAACAUCUUUCGCUCCUCUCCGCACGUGCCGCUCCGCAUCGCGCUCGGCAACUACUGAAGCCGGUACCGACCGCAUUCAUCGUCGGCGGCACCCUCGCAUUCUAUUACGCUCAUCUUUCUUGGUCCGACCAUCUUCUGCAGGGGCUCAUCCACAAUGCCGCUGCCCCCAUUGCACGAGACAUUGUCGCCCUGCGCACGGCCCUUUCGCCUCUUCUCACGGCGCCGCACAUAAACAUCGUCCACCUCGCACGACUGAUAGAGCUGCGGGCGCUGAUUGCGCUGGGCCGCUGGGACGAAGUGGGCCCCGCUCUAGAGCGCGCAGAGACUUCGAUGGGAAUCGCGUUUGCCGCUCCCCCGGCACCGCCGGGCCUGCACACGACGUCGGCAUUCCACGCAGCGCUGGUCGUCCAUCUUCUCAUCCUGGGCAUCGUUUGGCUUUCGUAUUCCGCCGGGGGAACGGCACAGACCUCCGCACGACUGACGCUCCUGUACACCGUGCUCGAUGCUGGCGUUUACAAUGGCAAGCACCGGCAAGCGGACAUCGAUGGACGAUUGGGGCUGGAGAGUGAGGGUGUGCUGGAGGUCCCGCUUGAUCCAACGCUUCCGCCGUUGUACAUCAAGUCGACGCAUCCGAGAGUGCUUUAUGCGUUAGGGUACUUGAUAAGCGCUGUCGCGCGGCGCGACUUGGUCGGCCGUAAGCCCAAGCGCAAGACAUUUGUCUUGGAGGGACUGGGUGUUGUUGAUCGAGAGGCGUGCAAGGAACUACGAGUGCCGCGGUGGGCAAGUGCCAGCGACGUGCGAGCGAUUGAGCUGCAGAUGGCGAAGAUCAAAGCGGAUUUGAUGUGUGAACUUGUCGCAGUGUCGAUCAUGCGCAGCGAGUUUGACGAGGCUGAGCGGACAUUGAACAACGUCAUCGCACAUGCUAGAACAUACAACCUCUUCUCCGGUGCACUUGCUCCCCGGAUCACGUUACUACAUGGACAGUUGGCCCAUGCCCUCGGUCGACACGCAAGGGCUCGUCAAUGCUAUCGAGUCUCUGCUGCGUUGGCUCAGGAAGCCGGCGACGUCGAAGGCAAUAUAGCAGCCCGCGUCGGCGAGGUCGCGCUUCUCAUUGGCCUGCAGGAAACCAACUCGGAACUAGAGCAGCUAGGACAUGAGGUUGCUGCCGCCUGCGGGGGCCUUAGCGGAGCGAUGCGAGCGAUCGGAGAAGUGAUUGAAGGGGUUCUGACAAGCGAGAUCCUUAAAGCCAAGCAGCAUCUGAAGAAUGCGCUCAACUACGCGACGGAAAGUCAAGACAAUCACCUCCGGGCUCUGAUAUUGGCUCUUAUCGCCGCACAUUAUCUUCACACUGCGGGAGAUCAGGCGCAGAUGAUGCUCGGGACGUGUGAGCAGCUCGCUGCUGGGCUUGGCGCACCGACCAGGAAAGGCAAUGAGCAGCCGGACGCGCUGGGCAACGCACCGUUGCGGUUGUGGGUGGGGGAGCGGUUCCUGGAAUUGUACCGACGAGAUGGCCAGACGGAAGCUAUUGCGAAGCGGGAGGAGACGAAUGCUCUACUGAGGCGGGCGGUUGCAUCCCUUUUUGCACGGGAGCGCUAAGACUGGUCUUCAAUCCAUACCCCUUGGCUUGUGUCAUGUGAUAUCCAUUGCUUUACGGAGCAUCCGAGAGCCCGGGUCGGAUCUUCAAUGAAAGAAACAAACCGAUAACCAGGCCUGAUUGAUCCGGUCAUCGUGACAUGAACCACACCGUGGUCGUUCACUACUUCCACACGAGGAGUGUUUAGUCUUCUUUCGGCAUGCGGCAUCUGCUUUCGUGGGACACCUGAGGAGCAAGCACGUCCUUAAGAAAGCAGGGUUUUCUCAUCAGCUCCCUAUUCAGCCAUGUUAUCCCCCACCGUCCUAGGCUUAUCCGGUCUCCUCCUGCUCGUGUACUUGUUUCACCGGCUCUCAUACAAGGGUGGCUCCCGCACGACUCGUCUCCGCGGGCCGCCCAGCAACGAUCUGAUAUUCGGGCUUUCGCAAAGUGGACUGAAGACCACGGACGCCAGCGACGUCUACGAGCAGUGGGCGGCAGAAUACGGCGCCGUUUUCCAAGUCCCCAUUGGUCUCGGGCGGCGCAAGAUCGUCCUGACCGAUCCCAAGGCACUGCUGCACUUUUACAGCUCGGAGCGCAGCGUGUACGUCAAGACGCGGAGCAGCCGUGUCUUUAUCGCCGAGAUUUUUGGUCGAGGCCUUCUAUGGGCGGAGGGAGAUGUGCACCGACGGCAACGCAAGGCCUUGACACCGGCGUUCAGCAACGCGGCGAUCCGCAGAUUGACGAGCGUCUUUUUCGACUCGACGUACAAGCUCAAGACGCUCUGGGACAACGUCAUCGAAUCGCAAUCCCAGAAUGAGGCCAUCAUCGACGUCCAAGGAUGGAUGAACCGUGUGGCGCUGGACAGCAUCGGUAUCGCAGGAUUCUCACAUGACUUCCACUAUCUCGACGGCCACGAAUCCGCGGUGACAGUUGCCUUCGAGUCGCUGCAAGCGACCGAGCCAGGUUCGCUCGCGGGCGAUGCCGCGCUGAUCAUUGCCAACACGUUUCCGUUCGUUCUGAGCUUACCCACGCAGCGAAUGCAGAUGUUCCGAGCGCUCGGCCGCAGCCUUGACGUCAUCGCCGAUCGGCUUCUGCAGAGCACAAGACGGGAGAAAGACGGAAAUAUGACCGAGGACAUGACAGACAAGUCUGUCAUCGGUCUUCUCCUGAAAGCCGAGAUCGCCGAUGCCGAAUUGUACAUGACGAAGGAGGAAGUAGUGGCCCAGCAGAAUGUUCUUCUGCUCGCAGGUGAGCGCCUUGUUUCCGUUACUGGACGUUCGACGAAUCGCUCCUGGCAGGUUACGAAACAACGUCCGUAACGUCUGUCCAGUGGGCCCUCAUCGAGUUGGCGCGAAACCCGACCAUCCAGAGCCGUUUGCGGGAAGAGCUGCUUAGCCGGUUCAGCAGCUCGGAUCCUACGUGGGACCAGCUGAUUUCGCAGCUCCCGUACCUCGACGCAGUCGUAUCGGAGGUGCUUCGCACUCACCCUCCGGUGACAGAGACUCCGAGAGAGGCCGGGGUAGAUGACGUGAUCCCACUGGGCACGCCAGUCGUUACCCCAUCCGGCGAGGUCAUCUCGAGCGUCUCUGUUGCGCAAGGAGAAAUCGUCCUGGUGCCUAUACGCUGCAUCAACCGAUCUCAAGCCUUGUGGGGACCCGAUGCCGCCUCGUUCCGCCCCGAGCGCUGGUUCGACGAGAUCCCAGAGAAGGCCGGGGAGUUGCAGGGCUACCGACACAUAUUGACCUUCCACGACGGACCCAGAGUGUGUUUGGGCAAAUCGUUCGCUUUAGCGGAGUUCAAGGCGACUCUCUCGGUUCUCGUGCGCAACUUCGAGUUCGAGCUACCGGAUGGGCCCGACACGAAGAUCGGAACGCAUAUGGCCGUUGUUCCGCGUCCGAAAGUGGAGGGCCAGGAUGGGGCAAAGGUGCCUUUGAAGGUCAAACGCGUCGACGUUUGAUGCUACGAACUUCGGUGUCAAUUCGAGUUAAAGUAACUUUCACUGUUCAUACGGAAAUGCAACAGUGGUGAAUGUCCUGCUCGUUU